CCGACUCUUACGGUGAACGUAGAGGAGCUGCUUAUGGAAUAGCGGGCAUAGUCAAGGGGAUGGGAGUGGCGUCACUCAAAGAGCUGGAACUUUUACCAUCAAUACACAAAGCGCUUCUUGAGAAGAAGAAUGUGAAGCAUCGCGAAGGUGGACUGUUAGCACUUGAAAUCUUGUGCAGCACCGUUGGAAAGUUAUUUGAGCCCUACAUGAUUCAAGCAUUACCUUCUCUUCUUCUCUGUUUUGGAGACAGCGAUGAGAAUGUCAGAAAAGCAGCUGAGGAUACUGCUGUAGCCAUGAUGUCCUCAAUGUCUCCACAUGGAACGAAGCUUGUGCUUCCUUCAUUGCUCACAGCACUGGAUGACGAGUCUUGGAGGACGAAAUGUGCAGCAGCUGAACUGCUUGGUUCAAUGGCCUUCUGUGCACCCAGACAACUGUCCGCAUGUCUGCCAAAUAUUGUUCCUAAGCUCAUCGAAGUCUUGGCUGAUUCAUCUUCAAAAGUCCAACGAAGUGGUGAGAAAGCAUUGAGGCAAAUCGCUAGUGUUAUUAGAAAUCCAGAGAUUCUGGGGGUUAGUAAUCAGCUGAUGUCUGGACUCCUUGAUCCUGCCAGCAAAACCAAUUACGCACUGCAGGCCGUUCUCAAUACUAAAUUCAUCCACUACAUCGAUGCACCUUCUCUUGCUCUUAUCAUGCCAAUUGUCCGACGAGCCUUCGAAGACAGAAACAGUGAAACCAGAAAGGUUGCAGCACAAAUCAUUGCCAGCAUUUACUCACUCACGGAAAAUAAGGACAUGGAGCCGUAUCUGUGUGAUCUUGUACCUGGCCUCCAAAAGUCGCUCCUUGACCCUGUACCAGAGAUUCGCACAGUGGCAGCAAGAGCGCUUGGAGCCAUCGUAGCAAGGUCGACAGGAACAACCAGUGAUAGACUCCGAGAGAGUAUUGUACCAUGGUUGAAGGAAAAACUGGUUUCUCCACAAUCUACUGUGGAUCGUUCUGGUGCUGCGCAAGGCCUUUCGGAAGUACUUGCUGGAAUUGGUUCAGAGCAGCUCGAGUUUGUUAUGCCCGAAAUCAUUGCGGCAACGGAAAGCCCAGAAGUCAGCGCCGAAACGCGUGAUGGUUACAUUCUCAUGUACAUCUAUCUACCGAUGGUGUUUGGAGAAAAGUUCUUACCAUAUCUACCUCAAAUUGUACCACCUAUCCUGAAGGCGUUGGCUGAUGAGAACGAGUAUGUUCGCGCCUCUGCUCUCAAAGCAGGUCAACGUCUUAUUGCUCAGUACUGCUCACAUGCUCGUCGUUUGCUGCUACCGCAACUGCAAACAGCUCUGUAUGACGAGAAUUGGAGAAUUAGACAUGCCUCUGUUACACUUAUCGGAGACUUCUUGUUCAAUAUAUCAGGAGUGUCUGGAGUGUCUGCACUGGUUGUACGACAGGCUGCUGGACACGUGUGGAAAAUCGUUGUUGCUAAUACUCCACGUACGCUCAAGGAAAUUAUGAAAGUGCUAUUUGAAAUGAGUCCGACUAUGUUCACCUCUCAGGUUCUACCAGUGCUAGAAAUGAAUCAGAAAUCUGAAGAUCUUGAGAAGCGUGUUGGAGUGGCUGUUGCUCUACAUGAAAUUAUGGAUAACAUUACAAAGGAUGUUCUUAGUCAUUAUCUGGAGAGUUUGGUGAUGCCAGUUCGCAAUGCUAUCUGCGAUCCAUCACCUGUGGUACGAACAGCGGCUGCGGAUACGUUUUCGAUGGUUGGUCACGAAGCAUUGGAUGAAAUCAUCACACCAUUGCUCGAAAAACUUACACCCGAAAAAGAAGAUGUUUUAGCAGGAUUGUGCGAGAUAAUGAAGCAGAAUAGCAGACAAAUGUUGCCGUAUUUGUUGCCACGUCUUACCCGACCACCAAUCAAUGUACAUGCAUUGUGUAGCUUAGCCUCAGUGGCAGGUGGUUCACUAUCGCGACAGCUAUCACGCGUCUUGGAUGCAUUACUUUCAGCUUGUGAAACAAAUGAUCAGUAUGAUCCUAUGAUUGAUAGCUGUGAGAAGGUUGUGAUUGCGGUGACAGAUGAUGAAGGAGUAAAUCUUAAUUAUCUGAUGGGUGAAUUGCUUCCUGGGUUGUUGCACUUGUACACAUCUUCAAACGCACAAAUUGUCGAUCAUGCUGUGAAUUCUGCAAUAGGAAUAGCGCAAGCUUUGGAUCAGAAGGAGAUGCAGGAGGCUAUUCCAAUUGUGAAGAAGGCGUUGAAUUUCAUGGUAGCUCAGUCCAAAGGUCGAAAUAUUCCUGGAUUUGCACAUCCAAAAGCUUUGCAACCGUUGCUUCCCAUGCUGAGGGAGGCUAUCUUGCAAGGUGGUGUUGAACUGAAGGCUCUUGCUGGAGAAGCUCUCGGAAUGGUAAUAUCUGUAUCUGACCCAACAGCGCUCAAACCACAUGUUGUGAAUAUCACUGGCCCGCUUGUACGAGUUAAUCUUAAUUAUUUGAUGGGUGAAUUGCUUCCUGGGUUGUUGCACUUGUACACAUCUUCGAACGCACAAAUUGUCGAUCAUGCUGAGGCUAUUCCAAUUGUGAAGAAGGCGUUGAAUUUUAUGGUAGCUCAGUCCAAAGGUCGAAAUAUUCCUGGAUUUGCACAUCCAAAAGCUUUGCAACCGCUGCUUCCCAUGCUGAGGGAGGCUAUCUUGCAAGGUGGUGUUGAACUAAAGGCUCUUGCUGGAGAAGCUCUGGGAAUGGUAAUAUCUGUAUCUGAUCCAACAGCGCUCAAACCACAUGUUGUGAAUAUCACUGGCCCGCUUGUACGAGUAUUAGGUGAUCGCUAUCCAGCCAGCGUCAAAUUGGCAGUUUUAGACGCCUUGAGUAAAUUACUGGAUAAGGUUGAUACAUUGCUUCGUCCGUUCCUUCCACAGCUACAGUCCACUUUCCUUAAAUCGUUGCAAGAGCCGUCAUCAAGGCCUGUUCGACUCGCAGCUGGAGGUGCUCUUGCGCGCUUACUGCGAAUUCAUACGAAGCCAGAACCACUCAUCUGUGAGAUUCUGAAAUUAUUGGCUCAUUCGCAAGAUCAAGCUCUUCUUGAAACAACAUUCGUUGCUGCUCGUGCUUUGGUCGGCAAGUUAACUGUUCCUUUAUCAGAAGCCACCAUCCACGAGGGGUAUCGCGUUUGUGAGCUGCAAUAUACCGUGCCAUUGGAUACACCUACUGAGCUGGAUAGCUCGCUAACUAUGUGCAGUGGAGCGCUCUAUGGAGAGCUUGCCAUAAGGACAAAUCAGUUUCGGUCAAAGAACAUCUUCAAAGACGUUGAAAGCUGCUCAAAGCCACGCACUCGACAAGCUAUGGCUUACGCUCUGCAGCAAAUGUGCCAGUCUGAUGCCGCUACGGUUUGGUCCGAAGCACAUGCUGAAUGUAAAUCUGCCAUCCAAGCUGCCUUUUCGGCAGACUCCAUUGAGGGACAGGAUGGUUUUGAUUCUCAAGCAGGAAAAGGGCUAAAAAAAUCUUAUACGGACAAACGUUGAAA